CCGACGCUACAAAACAAAAACGAAACCUGGGCGUCUGUCCAAAAUCCAAACGCUCCUGCGAAACCAACCCCUCCCUGCUUUGAAGCGCUUGGACCCUGCGCCAUCAGCGCUUUUGACCGCUUGUACCUCGCGCUUAAAUUUCGGUCACAGUAUUUACACGAGGCGGUGCUACAGUGCGCCUAGAGCCAACCUUUGCUCUCUCUCAGACUGCUAUACAACGCGGAGCUGAAAACUCCGGAUUUAGGGUUUUAGCCGGUCGGGUUCGGAGCUCCGAAUCCCAAAUCAGAGCUAUUUUGGCUCUGCUAGGCGGUGCAUUUUGGAGAGAGAAAGUGGAGGACAGAGAGAGAGAGAGGAUGGAAAUGGAGGACGAUAUGGAGGUUGAGGAAGUGUUUAUGGUACAGGAAGUGGACGUUGACUACGAGUUCGAUGCAGCUCGGUACUUUGACUUCACGAGGGAGGAGACGCCGGCUGAGGCUCGCCGCGCCGAGCUCUGGUUCGAGUCCGCCAAGAGCUACCCGCCGUCUCCUGUUGUGACAAGGUUAAUACUUGGACCGGAAAUCCUCCUGGAAAACGUAAACACCUCCCCAAAAUCCGAUGUGGAGAAUGCAAAUGACGGAAAUUCUGAUAUCGGUGUGGGCACAGAAUCAUGUGCAAUGGAUGUAAACAGCAGGGAUGAAGGAAUGAAUAGAGGGAUCUUUGGAAAUUUACAAAAAGUUCUAAAUCAACCGAAUGGAGCUGGUACAGGACUGACAUUCAACAGUCACCUAGCCGGUGAUAAGCUUAAAGGUCAGAGUAAUGCUUCUGUAAAGCCAUCGUUCCCCAGGAGCUCAACUUUGAUGAAGCCCACAGCAAGUCAGCUCGCUAAGCAAAAUCUGAAGCCUCAAAAUGGUGGUUCCAGAUUCCAAAUACUGCAUGUUCAAAACAAUGAGAAGAGCUUGUGUAGUUCUUCUGGGGUUGAAAGUCAAGCUCCCAAGAGACAGAAGCUAGAUGGAGGGCACUUGCGUAAGGUUACUGAUGCAAAGCAGCAAGCUAAUUUUGUCCACAAGGUACCUAAAAAGGAUGAAAAUUUCGACAAAACUACUGCACACCCUAAGUUGAGACUUACCAUUCCAAGAGAGCCUGACUUUGAAACGGCACAUAGGGCACACAGGAUUAGGCCUAACCAUGGAUCUAUGUUAGAACAAGUGACAUCAACUCAUCGAAAAUUCAAAGCUCGUCCAUUGAACCGAAAAAUUUUCGAGGCUCCUUCAUUGCCACUUCCAACAAGGAGCACUCCAAAGUUGCCGGAAUUUCAAGAAUUUCACCUCAAGACAAUGGAAAGGGCUAUGCAAAAUGCAUCGGCUGUUUCAUCAUCCUCACAUCAUCUCAAUGAUCACGAUAAGGGUUUGGAAAAACCUAGCAUUUCUACCGUUGCGGAAAACAGAAAAGGAGAAUCCAGAAGACCAAAUACAGUGGAAUGUCCUAAGCAGGAUGGAAAUGCAGGAAUGCAAACAUUUAAAGCUCGUCCUCUUAACAAAAAGAUAUUUUCUAGCAAAGGGAAUAUUGGUGUUUUCUGGAAUAGCAAGCGAGAAACCACUGUACCAAUGGAAUUUAAUUUUCAGACAGACAGAAGAGUACAGCAAUUUCCGCCAACCGAACUUUUUAGUAAGCUCUCUUUAACCACUGAGCGCCAGCCAAAUAAUGGAUCACAGGUGAAACUAUCCCAGCCUACAUCUUUGUUUACGAAGGACUCAAAAGAAAAUAGAUCGACUGUUUUCCAACAAGAACAUAAGAUAAAAGAAAAACCUUCUCUGUUUAGUGGAAAGCAGGCUCAAGACAGGUGCACGACCGAUGUUGAUAAGAAAUUGAGGAUGAGUAGGUUGGGCGUUCGUUGACAUUAAAGGUGGCAUCUACAUGGGAAUCAGAUUUGAAUAUCUGCUAUCAAAACGAAAGGUCGGAGAAAUGUCUAGCAUUGAUGGUUAUACAACUCUUCAAAAAGAUUACCAAGCCCUUUCGUGGCUGGUGUUCUUUCAAAUAUAUGUAAAACCCAGCUCUUUUUUCUUUUCAGUUCCACAAUUUGUAGGUUUCAGUUGAAAAUUUGAAAUCCAAUAAAUAUGUCGAAGGGCCGGUAUUGUAUAGCUGUUAAAGCCACCUCUUACAAUGUUAAUUUUCGGUGGCACCAACACAUGU